GAGUAAGCACACUGCAAGUUUGAAGUUGCAAGAAAAGACAUCUCCAAAAAGUAACAACAACUAAAGAUGUCCGGACGGUCAGGUCGCGCGGAGACACGAAGUCGUGCUAAAGAUGACAUUAAAAAGGUGCUGGCAGCAAUUGAAAAAGUGCGUAAAUGGUAAGUAAAACCGCGGGGAUUAUGUAAAUGAAAUGUAAACAUCUGCAAUGCUACACAACAAACUUCACUCGGAAAAUAUUAGAAGGGUUGGUGAGUGACUGAAACAACAGCCAAUGGAGAGACGGGGCUGCCGAAGCCCGGUAAUUCUAUGGGCGGGACUAACGGAAUUUUUCAGUAUCUGUCAAAAUGGCUACACUUGUCCACAUGUUGUUACAGUGUUACGCAUUCUGAUAUAACUGUGACCCACAUUGAAAAUAUACAUCGUCCAUCUGAGCAGUUUCCCUCGGCGAGGUUCAGGAAUAUUAGGCAAAAAAUGCACUUGCACAUAUAAAUAAAAUAAUCUCACACAUAGGCUAUUUAUAUAGCCUAGCCCUAUGCAUAUAUGCAUAGCCACCAGUAAACGAGCGAACCCCGGCAGAAUCUUUGGUUAAUGCUUUUUGUUACUGAAUGUAGUAGAUAUAUUCUUUGUUCUAUUACAUUUCAUUUUCAGGGAGAAGAAGUGGGUAACUGUGGGAGACACAUCCCUACGCAUAUUCAAGUGGGUGCCUGUGACAGACACUAAACAGGUAUGGUAUCUAAUAAAAGAUGACUGCAUCAGGCUAUCAUAUGGUUCAUGAAUGGAACAACCUCGCCAUGCUGGCUCUAUUUUACUCUCUCCUUUUCUCUUUCAGAUAUACCGGAGCAAAUCCAUAACUGGAGAGGUUCGAGGUCUAAAAGAUGUGGUGUUGGAAAACACCAGCUCUACCUUGGAUUUCCUUGGUGAGGCACUGACUGACUAUGAGAAGCACAAGCACCACUGUGUUUGGAUCAGGUUUUACAGCACUGCAAUACUCUAUAUAACAGGGUUGGGGGAAAUUCCAUGGAAAUUCACUAAAUGCAGAUAUACAAAUAUUUUUACAUACUUUUUAUUUGGAAUUUCAAUUUACCUCCUGAAUUGAAAAUGAUACCGUUCAAGACUGCCCCUGUUCUCUUCACCGCAGAUGAAUGCAGCAACCAGAGUUUCCUGUCUGAUGUCUACCAGCCCAAAAUGGACAGCAGCAGCUCCAGCUCCCAGCACGCCAGUGAGGCAGUCAGUCCUCUUCCUCACACCACAACACUCCGCAUGGCCGAAGACACUCAACCACCCAUGCUGGGCCAGGAGAGUGUGGACGGUACAGUUGGCUUAGCAUACUACACCAUCACACUGCACAGUGCACCCAUGUAGGGCCAGGAGCUUUUCCAGACCCUGUAACCUGACUAGGAAAAACUCUGGGCCCUAGCUAUUAUGUCACUCCUGUAACUGAGGUAUACUAUAUUGGCUAUAUUACAGUUAAUAUCUCAAUGCCUUUUAAGUGUUUAACUCAGUCUUUCACUCUAUAUGCAGAACCGUCCCAGCCAGCACAUGAAGUUGCUGAUGAGCCUCCCACAUUGAUCAAGGAGGACCUGGUUUUGCCCCUUGGUGUCCGAGUAAGAGCUCCAUGCAAAGAGGUAAGUCAUUUUCUAUAGUAAUAAAGGAUAUGACCAUUUUUAUUAGUGUUUAAAAAAUAAAAUACAUUUGCUGCAAAAAAGUUGUGAUUGGCUUAAGCUCUUAAUAAUAACAUGAAAGAAAUCACCAUAAUCAAUUUAUUUAAAUACCAAUAUUUCUAACAGGAAGAAGAGGAGGGAUCAGGAGCCCCUUCAUUGAAGAAAAUUUGCACGGAAAAAAAGACUGUACUGAGAUAACUAGUUGACUGGUUGGACAUGCAUGCAACCCAUGCACUGUCUUUAUUGAAGGCUUCAAAUGGGACAUACGGAUAACUGCCAAAAUAAUGG